AUGCUUUCUGGCUCGAUCCAUAACAUCCAACACCAAGUGAUCCAUACUACUUUUAGCCUUCUUGUCCACCACCGUGCUAGCCGACAAUUAUCAACACAAGAAAGUCAUUCUGAAAAGAAUCAAACUUGGGGAACAACUAUCACACAUCACAUAACUAUCGUUAUCCACACCUCAGAACAAACAACAUACAGAAAAAGAACACUCAAUUUCGUUAGUUUUUGUCAAAGUAGUAUCAAGGUGAAAAAGAUGGAUGGGUACAACAAACAUAACGGAGAGAAAGGACUCUUCCCUAUUCUUGGUGGAUAUGGUAGUGGUGGUGGACACUAUCCCCCACAACAUACAACAUACCCUCCUCAAGGGUAUGGUUAUCCUCCUGGGGAAUACCCUCAAGCCGGUUAUCCCCCAUAUGGUGGAUAUCCAUCACACGGUGCUGGUGGAUAUCCGUCACAUGGAUAUCCUGGUUCAUCAGCUCCCUAUCAUUCAGGGCAUGGUGGUCAUGGAGGGCAUGGUAUGGGAUUCCUAGCUGGUGGUGCAGCACUUGGGGCUGCUGCAUAUGGCGCGCAUCAUGUGUCACAUGGAUAUGGUUCCCAUGGUUAUGGAGCUCAUGGCUAUGGUGGCUAUGGACAGCACCAUGGUAAGUUCAAGCACGGGAAGUUUGGUAAGCAUGGGAAGUUUGGCAAGCAUGGAGGGAAGUACGGAAAGAAGUGGAAAUGAGUUUAUUAUGUUUAUACCCUCUUUGCUCUAAUACGGUUGUCCAUUUUGUUCGAAUCAAAUUAAUGUUGUUAGUUGUAGUAAGUGGUUUAUUUAUGCUAUAAGUUGGCUUGUAACUAAAACUCUUUAAAAAAUCGUUGUUUAUUUGGUAAUAAAAACGAAAUCAGAGGGCAAAUUUUAGUAUUUCAUAAAAAUCUUUCUUAG